AUGGCGUCGCCUGCACCACGAAAAACGCACAGAUACGCUACUCCGCGUCAAUCACUGACGCCGCCUAGACAGCGCCGGAUGGUCAGUGCACGCCCUGCCGGCACACCCUCCAGGCGCACUGAGGAUAUCGCUGUGGUACAAGACGUCAUGGAGGUCGACGACGUGCAAAUGUAUAAUGAACGUAUGCUAGGAUCAGGGAGGGAGACUCUCUACGCGCGCACGGAUGAGAUCAGUGUUGCUUUUCAUGCUGGACUCCCGUUUGAAGUCAGGCGCGAGUUAAAGGGUGCCGAUUUCUAUUCUCAAUCUUGGACAGGUGCAGUUGAUGCCAUCACGGGGUACGCCCUUGCCGCGUCCUCGAACACCUGUUUCAUCUGGCAUCACACCAAACCGACUACAUGCUACAUCCUCCCUUGUCCACCUUCCUCUCAAGAUUAUGCACAACCUCCAUCUGCACCAUUCCACGCUCUAGUCCCCUCUAGGUCACGUUCAGAACCUGGUCUUGUCCUUCUCUCCGUCCGAGGUGACAUCCGUUUCUGGGACAGCAUAACCAGCGGUCUAGCAGGUGGCGGCAGUUUCGAAAGCAUCAAUCUUGAGCUCGGAGAGGGAGAGUAUACGUCUGGAUUGCUUAGGGUUGACGGUCAAAUCUACAUUGCGUCUACAUCGCAUGGACGUCUAUUUAGACUCACGCUCACAUCUCAAAGCGGGCGGCAUACGCUCUCAGCGAGGCUUUUUGCACCGCCGCCCGCACCUGGGCUCUCUCUUGCGCGUCUCCUCUGGUCCACGCCUGCUCCCCAGCCUACACUAGGGAAUAUAUCUGCUCUUGCUCUUGGUUUUGGUAGUGGCGAGGUUAGAAGGGGUAUGGUAGCAGAUAAGGAAUUAUGGACGCUCAGCGAGACCCGCGUGCAGAGGUGGAGCUUGAAUAAGGAGGUGCUACUGGGUGAAGUGGAUGUCCGGGAAGCAGUGGGGAACGUGGAGGAUCUAGAGGGUGUCGAUUUGGGCGUGGAGAGCGAUGGGACACUCGUUGUCCUGGUCUCAUACGCCGGGUCCGAGCAAGAGACAGCUGCGAUGGCGAUUGACCAGUACGGUGGGUUUGGUAUGGGCGUACCGGUACCGAGAAGGAUAUAUGCGCUUGUCAGACUUAGUGCUAGCACGAAGCGGGGUGAGGUGGCGAAGUUUGAGGGAGGGGGUGGAGAUGGAGGUGUGAUAGAGGGCAUAGGUGGAGGCAUGAAGAUAGAUGGUGUUACGGGGGUGCUAUAUGCUACGACAGCCGCGUCGGCACCCUUACAUCCUCGUCUGACACUCCUCGGGGGAGGUGCAGUCGUAGCGAUCAGAUUCGUAGAUGUGGUCGUAUUUUGUGCUCGGGACUCUCCCUACCAGGAUCGCCUUACCCUGAAAGCCCCCAACACAGAUCAGAUACUCGGACUCGAACAGGAACAAGGGGGAGGAGCAGGACCCGAGGACAUGCUCAUACUAACAGCCGGCGUGCUCAUGCGUGCUCGUGUGGAUUUAGGGAGGGUCAAAUCAUUCGAUGAGGCAACCGGCCGCGCGAUCCUCAUAAGAGCACUCCUCACACAAGCCAUACUUUACGGAAGCAACCCCGAUAACCCCCUACAUUUCUCAUUUCCGCCCGAGGUUGAUGCCGAGGCGCUCAUGACAGGUGCAGAGGGGUUAAGCAGGGCCGUCCUCGAGAGUGACCCAGAGAUCAUCCGACCAAAUCAUGACCUCACCUCUCAACUGACCUCUCGAAAAGAUAGGCUCAGCUGGCUCAUACGUUUCAUCAAUGACAAUGCAGCACUCGCAAAGAUGUCGCAACGCAGCCGCCAGCGUCUUGCUACAGAUGCGGAAAAGCUUUAUGCAUGUCAUCAGCUUUGGUUGAAGAUGAAUGAACAUUUAGACGCUGGGGCCUCCCACUCCCUCGUCACUGAUGCCAUUCACGCAUUCACAGCUGCCCACCCUCUUUUACACCCAUCCGCUUCGCACGAUGUUGUCCGAGAUUUCUUCCGGUAUAGAGUAGCAGAGAUUGGCCGGCUGGUUCCGUUCAUGGUGGAACGGGUCGAGAGGACCGGAGAAGGUGCUAUGAAAGAGGUUGGAGGUGCUGUUGUUACGAUUCUGCAAGCAGCGCUCUCGUAUAGAGCGUAUAAUCUUGCCGUGUAUGGCAUUGAACUGCCUAUGAUCAAGCCGUGGACGAGCCGUCCAAGCGCCAUCGACGGUGUGUUAAAGCUUGUCGAUGCAGCCACGAGGUUCGCGCUUGACCCGAGCAAAGCAAACACUAAAAGCGCAUCGAGAGAGCUUCUCCCAGAGCUUGCGAUAAUGUUUUUCGCAUGUAUGCAAGAGAGAUUGGAUUGGCUCGAUAGUCCCAUAGCAGCAGACGAACCUGGUUCCGAGAGGGACCACAUAGAGCUCAAAGAACGCUUCGACCAACUCCGCCCCGAGAUCCUCGAAACUCUUCGUCUGACCUCUUACCUCCCAAACGCUCUCACGCUCGCCGCAUCACACGCCGACUUCCGCUCUCUCGCUGCGCUAUUACACCAAGACACCGUCUACCCGCCCUCUUCCAAUCCGCACGCGCGCACGAUCGAAGAGUAUGUCGACCGCUUUGGCGGAAUGUUUGCGAGGGAGGUCGUGCGAUGGUGUAUGGUGCAUGGGGAAGCGAGGGUGGUAUUUGCGAUGGAGGAGAGUGGGAGGGGAGAGUGGGGAAGGUAUAUGGAUGAGUACUGGGCGGAGGAGGAAGGUGAGGGAGGUAGAUGCGAUGCGGUGGCGUGGUUGAGGGAUUUGGGGCAGGGGCGGUGGAGUGUUGCUGGCACAAGAUUGUUUAGAGAGGCGAAGGGCGCUGGAGAUGUAGGUGUUAAGCAUUUUAUGCUUAGCGUAGGCAAGCUUGCGCAUUUGGCGCAGAUGCAGGAGGCUGGGGAUGCGGACGAUGCUGUAUUGGAUGCAUUCCAUGAUAGCCUGGAUUUUAUAUCGGUGCAGGAGAAAAUUCUUCAGGAAUUUCGGGAAGCUGUCAGCAGUUUGCGGGGCAAACAAAAACAGAGCCUGGACGCGCAAGUGGAUGCGGUAAUAAGGGCGAAAGGUACCAGACUAAAAGGGGACCGGAGGCACGGGCUGCUUGGGAUAAUGAAGAUUUUUGUGAGGCAAGUGCUUCAGGGCAAGGCGCUCAGCUUGGAAGAUGCAGCGGACGUGCUUACACUGCAAGACAAUGCGGAGAGCGUGGAAAACUAUGCUACUGCGCUGCACUUACUUGCGCAUGCCGAGGAUAUUCCAGACGCAAGGAGACAAUCCUCAUUCAAAAGAGUGUGGUGUAGAAUAUACAAUCACGAUGACUGGGACUCAAUCCGCGAAACUGCCAACAUCACUGACGCUCAACUAACCUCCCGCUUCCGUGCAACCGCGCUUUAUACCACGUUCAACGUUAUUUUACCCUCGCCCCAAUUAUCUCAAAUACCAGGUGUCGACCUUGACCCGAAAGAAUGCUUGUCGGUGCCUUUGAUGCCCGAGAUUAAGUCGCGUUUCCCAGGCAUACAGGAGGACAUGGUGGGUGACUUGGCGAGAGAUUACAGAGCCGAGAGCUCAGGAGUCGAAGGACUGAGACUGGAAGACGUGUAUCAUCGUGUUAGGGAGCUGGUGAUGCUGGAUCUGGGGUACGCAAGAGAGGGAUAG